AUGAAGCUUGGAGCCGGCUUGUGGAACGGCUGGGAGCGUGGAGUUGCUCUUGCCGAACACCGUGCCGAGUACUUUCCCGACCAGGCCAAGGUCUACGUAGAGUGCGAGCUUGACGAGAACCUUCCACAUGAGAACCAAACAAACCUUGGCCAAGUCAUGGACGUGCGCGCUCUAUUCAAGGCGGAUGGCCGUUUCAUCAAUCACUACAUUGAGCGCCGCCAUGACAACGUGCCGCUGGUGUGCAGGCACUCGGUAACAGAGGUGAACGGCGUUCUCUUCGACCAAACACUCAAGUUCGGCCGCCCAAACAUUGUGGAGGAGGCUCCUCAGCUCGACGACCACAAGCUUGCCGCAAUUGGCAGUAUUACGGUGGAGCUCACUGGCGGUACAUCGUAUGACAUGGGUUACGGAAUGCCCAGCGCAAGUGACCCUUCCUUGGACGCCAUUAGCGAAAGGGCCAAAAAGGGCAUGUUGGAUUCUAUUGUAACGGCCGCACUCAUGGCCGCAGACAUCAUCCCUCGUCCACCUCAAGACCUCCAGGACGACCAGGACGUCCCCGACCGCAAGCCCAAGCGCAAGCUCUUCGGUGACCCCGCGGCGCUGCUGGGUCCGGCCAAGAAGUUCAAGCCCGGCGAGGUCAUUGACCUCACCCAAGAUGACGAACUCAAGCCCCGCAAGCGCGUGCAGGCGGUCAAGAACGAGGUUAUCGACUUCACCCAGGAGGACAGGCCUAAGGUCACCGGCUCGUCCUCAAAGCACAAGUCCGAGGUCAUCGACUUGACCCAGUCGUAA